AUGCAAUUACUCCGCGCAAUGUCCGCUGGCCUCCCACUCCACCGAACCCCCUCAGCCACCGCUACCAGCGCCCCCGCACUUGCCUCCGCACGGGUUGGGUUGAGCGCGCUUCUGUCUCCUGGUCCUGAGUCCCUCCCCUCUGGCGCCACAGCACAGGCAGGGUACGCCACGGUGGCCGUUUCCAGAGACCCGCAAUUUGCCACGUUGGAAGAUGCUGACGUGGAAUAUUUCAAGGGAAUUCUAGGCGAACGUGGCGUAAUCACGGACCCUGACGCCGUGGCAGCAGCCAACGUGGACUGGAUGGGCAAGUACAAGGGGAAUAGCAAGCUGUUGCUGCGGCCAACCACAACAAGCCACGUAGCGGACGUUCUGAAGUAUUGCAAUGAGAGGCGGUUGGCGGUGGUGCCUCAGGGCGGCAACACGGGGCUGGUGGGCGGCAGUGUGCCUGUGUUCGAUGAGGUGAGCGGCAUCCUGGAGUGCGAGGCGGGGUGCAUCCUUGAGUCCCUCGACACCUUCCUGGCUGACAAGGGCCCUGUGACCAUCCCUCCGCCCUGCAAGGUUCGUGAUGCCAUUGGAUCUGGGCGCCAAGGGCAGCUGUCAGAUAGGCGGCAAUGUCUCCACCAACGCGGGUGGCAUCCGGCUCCUCCGAUACGGCUCCCUGCACGGCUCCGUGCUCGGUCAGUCACCCUGCCUGCUCGUUUCUCUGCUCGUUUCUCUGCUCGUUUCUCUGCUCGUUUCUCUGCUCGUUUCUCUGCUCGUUUCUCUGCUCGUUUCUCUGCUAGUUUCUCUGCUCGCUUCUCUGCUCGUUUCUCUGCUCGUUUCUCUGCUCGUUUCUCUGCUCGUUUCUCUGCUCGUUUCUCUGCUCGUUUCUCUGCUCGUUUCUCUGCUCGUUUCUCUGCUCGUUUCUCUGCUCGUUUCUCUGCUCGUUUCUCUGCUCGUUUCUCUGCUCGUUUCUCUGCUCGUUUCUCUGCUCGUUUCUCUGCUCGUUUCUCUGCUCGUUUCUCUGCUCGCUUCUCUGCUCGCUUGAAUGCUCUGCUCACUGUCCUCGUGCCUUUGCGCACCUCUAUGCUCGGCGAGCCUACUUGCCCACACUCUGUGGAUCGUGGAGCGUUGAGCUCAGUCAAUCUGCCCGUAAUGCCUCCGAACCGUUCAGUCCAUCCAUUUUCUGCUCAUCCCUACUUCAUCUGCCCUUUCUCUCCCCACCUGUCCCUCCUCUCUCCGCCUGUCCCUUCCAUGGCCCAUGGGAGCACGACACGUGCAGGGCUGGAGGUGGUGAUGGCGGAUGGCACGGUGGUGGACAUGACGAGGGCGCUCAGGAAGGACAACACCGGCUACGACCUCAAGCAGCUCUUCAUCGGUACAGCUGGGGAUGGGCUAAUUAGGGCGGAGGGCACGCUGGGCGUGGUGACAAGGGUGGUGCUGCUGGCGCCCCCGCGCUCGCCCUCAGUGCACGUGGCGCUGCUGGGGUGCUCAUCAUUCGACGCCGUGCAGCAGGUGUUCUGUGCCAGCAGGCGCCACCUGGGGGAGGUGCUAUCUGCCGCUGAGUUCUUCGACCGCAGCUCGCUGCAGAUGGUGCUGAAGCACAACGAGGGCACGAGGGACCCGCUACCAGACGGGGAGUAUCCCUUCUACGUCCUCAUUGAAACGUCUGGCAGCAACCCUGACCACGACCGGGUGAAGCUGGACGCGUUUCUGGAGGGCGUGAUGGAGGAUGGCGCCGUGGAGGACGGCACCGUGGCUCACGAUUCUACUCAGGCCGCUGCCAUCUGGCACCUGCGCGAGGCCGCCGCUCUCUGGGACCUGUGCGAGGGAGUGGCGGAGGCGCUACAGCGAGCAGGCGCAGUGUACAAGUACGACCUGUCAGUGCCCGUCUCACAGCUGUACGGCCUCGUUGAUGAGAUGCGCUCCCGCCUAGAGGGCAGUGCAGCGCAGGUGGUGGGGUAUGGGCAUCUGGGCGAUGGCAAUCUGCACCUCAACAUCUCCGCUCCCUCGUAUGACGACAAAUUGUUGGAGCGGAUAGAGCCAUUCGUGUACGAGUGGGUGGCGGGGCGGCAGGGCAGUGUGAGUGCGGAGCACGGCCUUGGGCUCAUGAAGGCCAACGCCAUCCACUAUAGCAAGGACCCCCAAGCGGUGGCAGUGAUGAAGAGGGUGAAGGCGCUCUUUGACCCCAACGGCAUCCUCAACCCCUACAAGCUGUUGCCCUCCUCGUGA